AUGAGUACGAGUCAACCGCACGAUGUCUACCACACGGUUAAUCUGGUGACGCAAAUUCUAUGCAUCCCGAUCGUCUCGAUCUUCGUGGCUUUGCGCUUCUAUACCCGAUGGCGAUUCAGGCAGAGCCUCGGUGUUGAGGAUUAUGCUUGCGCUGUGGCUUGGGGGUUGUUCAUGGGAUACUGCGCUAUUGGUAUCGUCGUCGGCAAUCAUGGCGGAGGUUACCACUUCGACCAGUUGAGCCACGAGACCCAGAUUCAAUACAGGAAGUUCUGCUAUAUCGCCACCAUCCUCUACUGCCCGAUGGCCCUCUUCGUCAAGAUCGCCCUCCUAGCCAUCCUCACUCGCAUCUUCGCGCCAUACCGCGGCAAGGUGUGGUUCAUCUACAUCCUACUCGGCUGCCUCUGCACCUACUACAUCAUCGCCCUCAUUAUCAAGAUCCGCAUGUGUUAUCCCAUUCCUCUAUACUGGCUGGGAGAGCUUCCGAACGGAGAGGGCUCAUGUCUUGACCAAGCUGCUGCCCUGAUCGCCGACUCGGUCAUCAGUGUUGUUAGCGAUCUCAUCAUCCUCAUCCUACCACUGCCAUUGACCUGGUCACUUCAAAUGUCGCGCAGUCGGAAGCUUCGCGUCAUUGGACUUCUCAGUGCUGGAGGUCUUGCGACUGGGUUUAGUGUCUAUCGGUUGAUUCUAGUCCUCAAGGACGGAUCGUCCCCGGAUGCUAGCAUCCUGUUUAUAUGUGUCAUUAUGUCUGGCAAUGCCGAGGGUGGCGUUGGAUUGAUCUGCGCCUGUCUUCCCGUUCUCAACGUCCUCAUCUCACACUACAGGAAAGAGUACUCGUCACAAAAAUACUAUAACCAGGGCUCGGAUAUUCAACUGGGCGAACGCAAGUCCGGCAACAUCUCUCAGUCCGCCAGCCGCUUCGGCAAGACGCCCAACUUCGGCGAUCAGAACGAUCAAAGUCAUCUCAUCUCCUUUGCUGGAACUCCAGAUGCGUCCGACUCCAUUUAUAAUGAUGAUGGAAUCAGAAAGACGGUUGCAGUGUCACAGACUGUGGAAAGUGCCGAUGGCGAUAGUCGAUGA